GCUCCUCCCGCCACGAGCGGCGGCGACGGCGGCCACCCCACGCCUCGCGGGGACAAGCACGUCUUUGCCCACUUCAUGGUCGGUAUCGUCUCGACCUACAACGCCUCGUCAUGGGAAUACGACAUGUCACUGGCCAAAGCGGCCGGUAUCUCUGGCUUCGCCCUCAAUAUCGGUGUCGACCCCUACAACGAAGCCCAGCUUGACCUCGCGUACGCCGCGGGCGAAAAGAUCGGGUUCGACCUCUUUAUAUCGUUCGACUUCAACUGGUUCACCCUGAACGACUACGAUAAAGUCACGGCGCUGCUCAAGCGGUAUGCGGGCAAGACGGCGCAGCUGCUCGUGGAGGGCAAGGUGUUUGUGUCGACAUUUAUAGGGGAUGGGUUUGAUUGGGACAAGGUGGCGGCGGGAGUAGGAAAGGAGCUGUACGCGGUACCGUUCUAUCAGCCAAAGACGGAGUAUGCGGAUAGGAAGGACAUCAAGGGGUUGUUCUCGUGGGCGGCAUGGCCGGGUCAGCUCGACAAUCAGCCCGUCAGGCACAACAUGACCCUCGACCGCGACAACGCAUACAUGACCGAGCUGCUCAGCGCGGAUAAGACCUACAUGGCCCCUGUCUCUCCCUGGUUCAGCACUCACUUCGGCAAAGAAGUCCCCUACUCCAAGAACUGGGUAUUCUACUCGGAGCUGCUCUGGAAGACCCGAUGGGACCAGAUCUUGGCCAUGGGCGACAAGCUCAACUUUAUCGAGAUCGUCACCUGGAACGACUACGGAGAGUCCCACCACAUCGGCCCCUACACCACUGCGCAUUCGGACGACGGCUCCUCGAAAUGGAACGAAGGGAUGGACCACUCGGCCAUGCUCGAUAUGGCCGUUCCAUACAUUACCGCCUUCCGUGCUGGACUCAAAGAACCGGUCAUCACCCAGGACAUGGUCGUUUACUGGUAUCGCCCCCAUCUGAAAAGUGCUUCGUGCGAUUCGACAGAUAAUUGCGGGAGCAAGCCUACGGGAUGGGAGAUGCUGGACGACUCUGUCUUCGUCACCGUCCUCUCCCAAAACGGGGGCACCGUGACCGUAACCUCGGGCUCGAACCCGCCUUCAACACACCACGUACCUGCCGGCUCGCACGCAUUCUCGGUGCCCAUGGGCGUGGGAAAGCAGAAUUUCAAGUUCCAGGCGAAUGGGGGAAAGACAAGGGAGGGGACGAGUACGGUCGAUAUUAGCGAUCAGUGCUGGAAUGGGAUCUACAACUAUAACUUCCACUCGGGGUCGGUG